GUGGAAAACCGCAUCCACAAAAUCCCUCUGCUAUGGUCGACGCGACGUUUAGAGUAAAGGGGUUGAUUGAUGCGUUGCCUCACGUAGUUCUUGUGCUGAUCAUGUGUCAAUAUUGUGUAAAACAGCAGCAUCCUCAACGGGGGACAAUCUGCUUGGAGAGUGGAUCAUAUUUAAUGAACUUUGCAGGUUGUAAAGAGUGUGGGAAAAAAGAGCCCCUUAAAACCCUUGUAAUGUUUACAGAGGAGGAUGUUGACGGAGAAGAACUUGUAACCUACAAACAUGUGUGUCCAGGCUGUGAUCAUCUUGUGGCUGAACAUGAGUACACAUUUAGGGUUGAGGGAAAUUACCAGGAAUACAUGAUGACUUGUCUACUGUGUGGGACUGCUGCAGACUCCAUUAGCAUUCUGCCAGGGAGCCCUACUGAAAACACCAGCACCUUUUAGCUCCUGGCGUGGGGACAUUCACUUAUAUGAAGCAAAGCAUGACCAGUCAUACAUACAUGUACAGAGACUUGUGUGCAACAGUUUUGUCCUGUCCCAUUUACAUUAAAUAUUUUGAAAGUUUCAUUAGUUCACAUCCUGUCAUCUUCAAGUUAGGACUACCCUUUGGUGAAGUGGGCAUCCACUAAUUGACUCAUAUGUUUCAUUUAUUUUUAAAAGUGUCAUUCUUGGCAUAACAAAUUAUGAUGAUGGUUGAUGAAUGUUAAAGAGAAAGUUCAUUGAUUUACUGAUAACAGUUCAUUGUGCUCUGUAAUUAUUCAAGAGUAUUGCUACUCAAAGAACUGCUAAUCUACCUUGUGUGGACAACUGUAGAAACUACUGAAAAAAGUUAAAUAUUUUAUAGUAUUUCGCAUUAUGUACAGUAUUUUUAUACUGUAUGUUGUGUGCAUAUUUCAAAAUUUCUCCAGAGUCUUUUUACCCUAAACCCUAUGAUUAACAUGAAGGCAAGAUAUCUUGUUAGAGAGUUUAGAGGUAAUUAAGUAUCACGAUACAAAGCAUGGCUUCUACUUCUCUGUUCAUGGUAGUUGAUAUAUCAAAAAUGGAAGGAACUUGAACAAUCAGUUGUAAUAAGGCUCUCCCCUUGUUCAUGAAAAAAGUGAUGUUACAAACUGGAGAAUUCGAUUGGCAAUCAGGAGCUUCCUGAAUUGGCAAUCAUUUCCUUUAUUCUCCUGAUCUCUACAUUUGAUUUAGGAGUGGUGCUGUAAGGGGAAAUUAGAAGCUCGUCAUUCUUCUAGUGUAACCGCUUCCGUUUAACCUAAAUGUUACCGCUUCCAAAAGAAGCUGCGAAAUAUUUUAUGGUUUGAUUAAUGCCUCCGUGAUUAGUUCAUUUAAGACAGAAAAUUAUAGUUAGUGUUUCAGUUCAGGGUAAGACCUCGUGUAAUCAAGAUUGUUUCUAAACAGAAGACAAGUUAGACCAUAAUCCUCAAUAAAGUAGUCAAGACCC